UUGGUCUUAUUUUUCAAUAACAUUUCCGAAAUAAAAUACAAUAAAUAGCAUAAUUUUCAAAAAUACGAAUGUACUACAAGUAUUAGUCUUCGAAAUUAUAGGAAGUAUGACAGCACAUAAUGGACGAUUGAUUAUCUUAUUCCUAGUGGUAUCUGUCUUAAUUUGCAUAAAGGCGGGGGAAGAAAAUGACAAGAUGGACGUUGGAGAAUAUCAACCACUAACUCCUACUAAACGAGAAAAGAAAAUGUGUGAAGACAAGGCUGAAGAAAAAGGAAAAACCAUAAAAGAUUGUUCAAAGAAAAUACAUCAUACUUGUUAUGUUCAAUGUUGGUAUAAAGAAAAUGAUGAAAAGGACGAGCUUAUGACACCAGAUGGAACAUUAUGUUGUGAUAUUGGUGGAGCGAUGCCAACAGGGGUAAGACCAUAUUUUUUUUAAAGAAUUUCCCGGCAAUUGUCAGAAUUUAA